GGUCGACCUAGAUACCGUACAGCCGAGAAUUUAGCUGAUCUGAGUACACCUGAGCCGAUGACAGAGGAGCAAGUGUCUCAAGCUCCUCAAGAAGCUGCUGCAGCUCCUAGGGAUCAAGAUCCACCAAUCCACCAGACAUUAGCAGCCAUGACUCGUCUAGUUGAGCAGCAAGCGCAGCUAAUCGAGCAACAAACGGCUUUCUUCCAGAGGCAAGCAGCACAGCCGAGUGCAGCUACAUCUCACAUGGAGCAGCAAUUGACGCCGUAUGAAAGGUUUAGGAAAUAUGGUCCAUCUAGUUUUUCGGGAAGUGCUGAUCCUAUAGAAGCAGAGAAUUGGAUAGCUGGAAUGGAAAGAAUUUUUGCAAUCAUGGAGGUUUCAGACAACCAACGUGUGGCACUUGCAACAUUCAUGCUAGAAGGGGAUGCUCAGUACUGGUGGGAGGCUACUCAAAGACGACUGGACCCGAACUCCUCGCACGUUAUCACUUGGGCUGAGUUUACGCAAGCAUUUUAUAACAAGUACCUUCCAGCCUCGUUUCGGCGCGCCAAGGAGCGGGAAUUUUUGAAUUUGAAGCAAGGGGACCUUAGCGUAGCUGAAUAUGAAGUAAAAUUCACCAAGUUGUCGCGUUUUGCCCCGACAUUGGUAAGUGAUGAAGCUUCCAAAUGCAGUAGGUUCUUGGAUGGAUUGAACCUCAAUAUUAGGUCGCGCGUUUCCGUUCUGGAGAUCCCAUUAUUUGCAGACCUGUAUAAUAAAGUCAUUAUCGCUGAGGAGGACUUACGAGAGGAAUUUCAUCAGAGGGAGCAAAGUAGAACUCGGCCUAGUAGCUCACUUGUAGAGGGUUCCUUCCGACCCCCAAAAAGAGGCGGGUUCAUUCAAGGCUUCAAUAGAGGGAAAUCAACUUAUCAGCAGCUUCCGCAAUGGUCUCAUGAAGGUAAGGGCAUGAGGAGUCAGAGUGGUGGAAGUUAUGGUGGAACUAAUCUCUCAAGGCAUCAAAAUUGUCAGAAUUGUGGUCGAUUUCAUUCCGGAGUUUGUCAAGUGCAGUCCGGGAGUUGCUUUCAUUGUGGACGUCGUGAUCACUUAAGAAACAAUUGCCCACAAUUAAGGAGUGAGGGGGUUACAUGUUUUAGAUGUGGCAUGAAGGGACAUGUACAGAGGAAUUGUAGGCAGCCUAUAGUAGCAGUGUCAAGCAGCGCUAGUGUAGGCAAUAGGCCAUCGGCGAUGAGAGGCCGUGGGCAGAUGAGUAGCAAUAAGAGUGUUCAAAGCCGAGGGGGCGGGUCGAUGGUGAGCUCAGCAGGCCAGGCAAAUAGACCAAUGGCGCAGGGUAGAGUAUUCACCCUAACGAAGCGGGAUGCGGACGCUACUCCUACUGUUGUGACGGGGGCUGGGGAGACUGAGGUUAUACCUCCGGGAGGCUCAACUCAUUAAGUGGUCGUUUCAGGGGUGUUUAUGAGCUAGGAGCUAGACUAGCCGCACAGGAGGGCUUUGGAUAACGGGGAUCAGCGCAAAG